GCGCAGCAGCCGACACCAAAGUUUGGAGUAUUUUCUAAAAUACAACUAUUAAUUUGCAACAGCUUAAAGUUUAAUUUUAAUUGUUUAACACAUUCACUUAUGUGCGUCGUUCAAGUAAAAUAACUAAAACGGAAAAUUAAUUUAAUAAGAAACUGCACGUUUUCUUCAGUUAGAUUCUUAUACUAUAUAACAACCAACUGGUGCAUCGCACUCACACACGUCAACUCGGUCACAAUCACUCGAAGCGACCUUGCUCCACUUUGUGUCAGUGUUGGUUAAACGCCCUAUCAACACCCUAGCAGCACGAGCCAACGAACUAAAUACAAAAUUAAAGCCAUAUACAAACAUACAUAAAUACAUACAUACAAAUUUACGCUGCAAUCCAUUGCCAUGGUUGAGGAAGGCGGCUGUCUUAGACAAACAGGCGCUUCGUUGUCGACCAGUAUGGUUGCUAGUGCCAACCCAGGCAGCAAUGUCAAGGGCGGAAAAUACGUGUGGUCAGAUCGUGAGCUGCUGAUGCACUUACAAAAUUACACACCUCUCAUUUUGCUCAUUGACUUUGUGGAGAAGACGCGCACAAAACGCUUUUAUGAGGCAGGUGAACGCUACGAAAUACUUAUGCUCAUAUUCAUUAUGCGUAAGGGAGCACCAUUUUGUGAAAAUAAGCGUUUUCCCGAAGAAUAUUGGGUCAAUCUAUCAGUGGGUCCCAUUGCUGAAGCAUUUGAUCGUUUAUCGGCCGCUAUCGACAUACCGGAUCCGCAGUUGCCAAUACAUAUGACCGUUACGGACUUAACCAGUUGGAAGCAACAAUUUGACGCAGCAAUUUUAGAUAUACGACGCUUUGCUUACUAUACAGAACCGCUGAUGUUAGCCGAUGUGGGCGUUUAUAAUCGUACAACAUUCGAGGAACGUUUUGGCUUACAUUGGCGUAUUGAUUAGGCUGAAUUUUAAUUUUACUAAUUUAUAAGCAUCAAGUGGUUUGCUAGUAUUGCUGAAAUCCUUUUUCAUUUUAUAUCCUCUUUGUGCUUGCGUACGCCACUUUUCGCGCUAAAAUUGCGCGCUAUUAUUUCCGUAUCCGUUGUGGACGAGAAAGGCAAAGUAGAAACGAAAAAAUUGUAUGUGAAAGAAAUUAAAACUGUGCCUUUACAUUCGCAAGUUAAUGAAUUCACUGAGAAAGUGAAAUUCUACAACUUUUUAAAUAAACGGAAAUAUUUAAAUAAAAUGCAUAUAUAUUUAUGUAUGUACAUACUAUACAUAAGUGCAUAUUCUUUAGUGAAUAAAUCGCUAUACACAUAUGUACAAAAAUGAGGGAUUGAACAAAGGAAUUUAAAAGAACAAGUGGGUGAUACCAUCUAGCAAUUGUGGAAAAAUAAAUGCUACUUAAACAAGAUUACGCUCUAAGAAUGAAUACAUAUACUACAUAUGUACACAUAUACAAAAUUUAUGAACUCAUCAAUGUAACUUCCGUUCGAACAAUCAACGUAAUUUAGCUCCAAACAGCUGAGCGAAAAGUAAUGUGAAAUUUAGCUGUAAUUUAA